ACCGGCAUGGACCAUGGAGGGCGGCACGGAGCAGGGCGGGGUGGGGGGGGGGGGGGGGGGGGGGGGGGGGGGGGGGGGGGGGGGGGGGGGGGGGGGGGGGGGGGGGGGGGGGGGGGGGGGGGG